CACGGAUACAAAAGCUCAAAAAAAAAAAAGUAGAUCGAGAACCCUAUAGCCCCCUAGUUCGCCAUGAACUUUCGACCACGGAAGCCGCCGAAAGACGGCAGGGUGUUCGUCCGCGGUCUCGCCGCGGGCACCGGCGAGGCGGACCUCCUCCGCCACUUCGAUCGUUACGGGGUGGUGGACGAAGUCUCCAUCCCGGGGGUCGAGGCCGACACCCUCACCGGCCUCCCGGCCCUCCGCUUCGCCAUCGUCAAGUUCGGCCACCCGGAGUUCGCCGGCCUCGCCCUCGCCGAUCGGGAGCAGGUCAUCGACGGCCAGACGGUUCAUGUUGGAAGAGAAGACCCAAGACAAUCGGGAUGCCAUAGUUCAGGAUACAAGCCUCUCAAGCAGAGCACUCGUCAGAUUGGUGAAAGAAAACGCCGUGUUGGGGAUAUGAUUAAGGUAGUAAUUGGCCCAUUGCCAGAGGAUUCUUUAGAAAGAGGGCUUUUGAAGUACCUAAAACAAUUUGGAUCCGUGGAUGCUGGAAUGCUGAUCAUUGAUUGUAUCAUCAAAUAUAUCUCCAGAGAUGGGCAAGAGUUAACUGUGAAGAUUGACAAGUCCAAAAAUGCAGCUUGGUCAACCUGUGAAGACACUUUCCACUUUUCUGAUAGACGCAAGAACAGCGAUGGCAGAAUCAACCCCAAUAUCUACCGUGGAUUAAUAAAUAAAACUCCUCCUCCUGCUGCAUGUGCUUACUCCUACAACCGAACUGGAGGCAUUGCCGGAAAAAAAUGCAACAUCCCCAAUGGUUCUUGCAACUAUCCUACAUGCCCCAAGUCCUAUCAUGGAUCAAUUGUGAAUCAAACACAUUUUCCUCAUCCGGCUGCAUAUGCUUACUCCUGCAACCGAACUGGAGGCAUUGCGGAACAAAUGUGCAACAUUCCCAAUGGUUUUUGCAACUAUCCUACAUACAAGUUGAAUCCCAAUUUCUAUCGUGGAUCAUCAAUUGUGAAUCAAAUUCCAUUUCCUUAUCCUGCUGCCUAUAGUUAUUUCUGAAACCCGACUGGAAGCUUUGCUGGACAAAUAUUUGAUGAUGAUUUUGCUUAUCAGUGUGGCGGAAUGAAUUGGAACGCCACUAUGCUAAAUUAAACUCCCAACGAGUUUCAUGGUAUGUGUUUUAUUGUAAGUUUUUUUUUAUCCUUUUUGUAUUAGCUAUUUAGAUUUCGUUUGCCAAUUUUACCGUGGCUGUACAUCACUACUACUCCCACUUAAGAUUUUGCCUUAAGCUUUAAAGUAUUAUAUCUACUCGCAUGUAAGAUUUUUCUGUAAGCUCAAAGAAUUAAAAUCCAAGCUGGUUUCCAUUGCAAGCA